AUGCAUUUCUCAAACUCCCUUGUUACUAUCAGCCUCAUGGCAGGCACUACCUUGGCUGCACCGCAUAUGCUUCAGUCGCGUGCCCCCGGUGGCGAGGUGGCAGUCUACUGGGGUCAAAACGGCGGUGGGACGAUAGAAAACAAUGACUUAUCGACUUACUGUACCUCUAGUUCUGGAAUUGACAUCAUUAUCCUCUCAUUUCUAUACGAAUAUGGAAAUGGAAACAAUAUUGCGUCUGGCACCAUCGGUCAAUCUUGCUACAUCUCGCCCCAAGGGGAGCCCCAGGAUUGUGACGCCCUUGCAACCGCGAUUAGCACCUGUAAAUCCAAUGGUGUCAAAGUUAUUUUGUCUCUUGGUGGAGCAUCCGGCGCUUACUCACUCCAGUCGCAAAGCGAAGCAGAAACCAUCGGCCAGAAUCUCUGGGAAGCAUACGGCAAUACAGCAAAUGGUAGCGUGCCACGUCCAUUUGGAACAACCUUCGUUGAUGGAUGGGACUUUGAUAUCGAAUCAAAUAGCGGAAACGAGUACUAUCAGUAUAUGAUCUCAAAAUUGCGAUCAAACUUUGCCUCAGACUCUAGCAACACCUACUAUAUCACAGGCGCUCCGCAGUGCCCAAUCCCGGAGCCGAAUAUGGAGGAAAUUAUUACCAACGCAACGUUUGACUAUCUGUGGGUCCAGUUCUAUAACAACCCUGGCUGUUCAAACCCGAACGAAAUCAACUAUGAUGCCUGGGUCGACCUUGUCACCGGCGGUCCUUCGGCAGACGCCAAAAUCUUCAUCGGCGUCCCAGCGUCGACAACUGCUGCCACGGGGACGUCCAGCGGAGCAGGAUAUUAUUUUGAGCCCAGCGCCCUAGCUACCCUCGUCAGCGAGCAUGAUACGAAUGCACACUGGGGAGGUAUAAUGAUGUGGAGCGCAGGCUUCUCGGAUGCUAAUGUGAUCGACGGAUGCACCUAUGCGCAAGAAGCCAAGAGUAUUCUGGACACAGGUUCACCGUGUUCUGGUACUGGGACAGGAACAUCAACACCUUCGCCAUCAGCAACUCCUACCUCGACAUCGUCUCCUACAGCGACACCAACUACCUCUGCAACCCCCACUACCUCUUCAACGUCGACAACGGGAACCCCAGUGGCACAAUGGGGCCAGUGCGGAGGUCAAGGCUACUCAGGAUCUACCACGUGCGCGUCACCUUAUACCUGCGUGGAAGAAAGUUCUUGGUGGUCGUCUUGCCAGUAG